GCAGAAAGAGGAAGAAGAAGAAGAAGAAAUGGCAGCAGCGGCCAUGGCCGUCCAUCCACCAAAAUCCUCUCUUCUUCUUAAACCCAUAUUUUCCCGGGAUCCAUACGCCAACUUUCUCGGUCGGUCGUUGAAAUUGGAAAGACCCGUGUCGAGAAAGCGGGAAAUCAACGGUCUGGUGACGGCUUGUGCUUCGUCGGCGAGCAACGCAGCCGUUACCGGAGAUCGGAGCAAGCGAUUUUACCUAAACUUCACUGGGUUUCCUUUUCCUCUUGGCCCUUUCCUUAAUCGACGCACAAUCAGAACUGAGGCUGUGAAAGGCUGCAUAUGGCUUUUUGAACAAGAACAGGCAUUAGGGUUCAGCAGUGUCUCGACGAAUAUUCGUAUGACUGUCAUCAAACUAAAGUCCGGAGGAUUAUGGGUUCAUGCUUCUAUUGCUCCAACCAAAGAGUGCAUUCAGCUUAUUAAGGAGUUGGGAGCUCCGGUUGAAUACAUCAUCCUACCGACAUUUGCCUACGAGCACAAGAUUUUUGUUGGCCCGUUUUCGAGAAAGUUUCCCAAGGCUCAGAUAUGGGUGGCACCGAGACAAUGGAGCUGGCCGCUGAACCUACCGCUUGAGUUUUUUGGAAUCUUCCGUGCUAAAACCCUAAAGGAUGGAGACUUAUCUACACCAUGGGCUGAUGAGAUUGAGCAGAAAGUCCUAAGUUCCCCAGAAGUUGGAAUUGGACCAUAUGUAGAAGUAGCAUUCUACCACAAACGGUCAAGAACCCUCUUGGUUACUGAUGCUGUGAUAUUUGUCCCGAAAAAGCCACCAGAGUGUAUCGGCAACGAAUCUUUGUUGGCCUCAGCUAAGAAUGGGUUGGCUGUAAAGAUACUCAGCAAAGGAAAAGAAGUACCAAACGAGCCUGUUGUUGAUAGCCCGACAAAUCGCCAGAAAGGAUGGGAACGAAUGGUUCUGCAAAUCUUGUUCCUUGGUCCUUCAAAUUUACUGGAGCCAAAUGCUAGCUUUGCUCAGAUGUCGCAGAAACUGAUCGUUUCACCCAUUGUAAAGACGUUGGUCUUCAGCAAAGUGCCAGAGAAGGUAAGGGAUUGGAUCGAAAGCAUAGCUCGGGACUGGAGAUUCAAGAGAAUAAUCCCGGCGCAUUUCGCAGCUCCAGUAAACGCAGGAAGAUCUGAAUUUCUAGCUGCUUUUGGGUUCCUUGAUGAUCUUCUUGGAGAAAGAUACAUUACACGUCCUUCUUUCUCGCUUCUCUUCACGUCCCUUAUGGGAAAGGCUGCGAGCUAUUUCCCUCCAGACGACAUGAGAACUCUGUCUUCUCUUGAUCAGUUCUUGGUCUCUGUUGGAGCCGUGAAAAAGACAGUCUCUGGCAGAAAGCAGAGGUGACAAAGAUCCAUUGUAUCUAAUCUCCUGACUAUACAGUCUUGUAAUGCAAAGUUUUACACGAGAUAAGAGCUCGUGGAUUAUAUAGAAGUAAAGCUCCGAGGUUUAAGUC